GCAAGUCACAGAGCCAGACAGGAGACCGAGCAGACCGAGGCGAGACCCCGAGGAUGAGGAUCUGCUAACAAAGUAACCAAUGAUGUCCGGGCAUCAGACUCUGCAGAGAAGAUGGAGCUGAAAGAAGACAGUGGCCAGAGGAAGAAGAAAAGGAAAGACAACAGAGAAGACAUCUCCUCAGGAGACCAGCGAGGCGGGUGAUCUGGACGCGUGUUGGCAGGAUGACUGUGCAGAGAGGAGUCCUCUUUUUCCUCUGGGUCCUGGUUUUGGCAAGGGCGGCCGUGAUUCAGGAAGAGUGUCGGAUCAUAGAACUGAUAAGUCGUAAACUACUCCUUGAAAACCGCAUCACGUACAUGCGCGACUACUUCCCAAUUGAUUAUCAGCUGUCUGUGAAGUAUGAGGAGAUCUUUCAGUGUCAGAACAUCACCAGCCUGAUCAAUGAAGGGAUCAUGGUGGAUGAGUUGCGCUUCUUGUGGGGCAUCAUUAGCGAAAAUGUGCUGCAGAGUAUAUGGCGUGUGCUUCCCCCGAGGCACCCCUCGCACUCCUUCAUCAGUGACCUGAAGAAUAUAUUCAAUGCACUGCACAUUGGUGCUCAGCCAGAGCUGAGUGACAUUACCAAGGAUAUUCUCAGGCGAUUGUGGACACCAGGAAAUAAAGUGAAACGCGUCACUCCGAAGAAUCUACUGGAUGAUUGCGUCAGAGUGCUGGACCUUUUGUACCAGGAGGAAUGUGACCUCUGUCUGCCAAGGUCCGCUCCAGAAGAGGCACUCUGCCCUAAUGGGACGGUGACAGGCCUGUCUGCUGUGCACAGGCGGACCUGUUAGAGGGAAUAACCACAGUCUUAAUUUAUCUCAUCACUGGAGUCCUCCAAUGUGCAAUUGAAUUGGUGAGUACAUGCUCUCAUGUCGGAGGACCCCACGAGCUCUACCUCACAUCAACCUGCCAGAAUCCACUAUCCAGGAGCAUAGAGAAUGAAGAGCCUAGUUACCUGUGUAUAUGGAUAUGCGUCCUAUCAUCCAUGACAAUGUCAAAGCCACUGACUUGUAUCUGAACACACCCGGGUUAUAGCAAAGCGCACCAAAGCCCCCUUCCCCUUUUUCCCUAGCAAUCGCAUACCCCCCCCCUCCUCUCUCCUAACAUGUUAUACUCUGCUGGUGUACAAUUCUCACCUGAUCCACCACUUAACUCACAGUCAUGGUACAUAGAAUGCCGCUGUGAAGAAUCUAUAUGCACUGUAAUAAGGAUUAUAAUGGGUAAGCUACCCCUCCAUGUAAGACCUGAUUGUAUAGACUGUGCUGCUGCAGCCCCUACUUAUGGCACCAGUGUUGUCAUAGGACCCAUUGCAUCCUCUGAAGUAUCUGCUCACACUCGUGUCAUGGCUUCCUACCUUUCUAGAUCCAGGAUGGAUAUGAUGGACCUGUUCUCCAGAUAUGAGAGUCCGAAACAAAAAAUGGAGCCGAAAGAUAGUUUGCCGUUUUUUUCAGCUUUUCUUUAAUGAAGGAAGGUGGAGCUGGACUGAGAUGCGCUCAUCUGUUAUUAUUGAAUUCAUUUAUUUUUAUAACUAAUAUUAUUUGUCUUAAUUUUAUAGUUGAUUAAAUUUGUUAUUUGAUGUA